GUCAAAGACUGGAAUUCGCUUUUUUGAGUCAUAAUAGAAAAGAGAUUUCGAGCUGCCAGUGAUUGGAGGUUUUUAAACAUUUUGUAUUUUGGUGUAAAAAGGUAAACAAAUAUCCUCUAUUUUCCGCUAUAAGUGUGACCGUUGGACUCGCAAUUCGUCGUUUAACUCAACUUGAAGAGGGAAUCCAUUCACGCGUUUAAGCCUUGGAAGGUAGAAUCAAUUGUUUCCGAUGGAUAUCAUUUCCUCUGAAAAAGCCGUUGAAUCUUUAGAAGGAAUUCGGCAAAGAACUACGCAAAUCGUCCACUCUUUGAGUCAUUUCCUGGCGAUUCUGCACCAAACAGAACAACUCGCACCAUGGCCUACUAUUCAUAAGAAUUUCAAUAUUCUAUUAUCCCAAAUCCAUUCCCUAAGCAAUACUCUAGCUAUACAUUUUCAAAGUUUACGAACUACUAAUAUUUUUCCUUCCGAAGAAUUUCCAGUCCGUGAGCAAGAACCGCUUCUCACAACCUUGUUACGAACUCGUCCUCUUCCAAAUGUUGAAGAAUGGGAGGCUACAACUUUAGAGGAGUAUGAAAAUGAUACGUCUCUAAAGUCCAAGAACCAAAAGCAACCUCUUCGUCAAGAUGAGCUGUGGGAAGAAGCAAGAGAUUUAUUAACGCAAGAACGUGAACAGUAUAAUUGGACCGGUUAUGUAACUCGACAGGAAGAGCUGCAAGGCGAAAUAAUUAAUCAAAAAGAAUUAGAGGCAGAAAGAGCUUUUGAAGAGCAAAGCGCCCAACAAACAUUAACAAAAAUACUAGCAUUUAUGAAAUCAGGACGAAGGUAAUUCUUGAUUUUCCAAGUUGGGCAAAAAUGACGGGUUGGAUACUGCAACACCAUUCUGUUCUAUGCGUGCGAUCCUCCUUAAUGCUCGUAGCUGCAGUCCUUUGGCCCCUGUCAAUACAGCUAUUUCAUAAAUAGUCUUUACAUUAUUUCGGUUCAGCGUAUUGUGCAAAAGAUGUACAAUAUAUUGGAAUAACGUCUCCAUCCCUUCAUCAUGUUUGGCAAGAAUUAAUAAAUUACACAGUGUUUUUGUUGACAAGUAAGUUUCGUUUAUCUUUCCACAAUACAAGUAAUACAGGAAAGUAGAGCAUGUUUCGAAGCUAUAAGGCAUAUAUAACAUUCGACUUCCAGUACUGUUUAUAGGUGUAAAGGGUAGCUCCGUUACCUGAGGCCCAAGUUCGGAAAGGCUCAUUCGAAAGGCAUCCUGAUUCUGUUCGGCUGCUUGAUCUAACAGUCUCUGAAAUGUUGGCCAUCUCUUGUACAGAAUUUUGGAAAGGCAGGGAAUACGGUUUCGUUCUAGAGUCAAAAUUUCCAUGUCACUUACUCCGGUUAAUAGCAGCUUACCUAAUUUUUCGCUUCUUUCCGAGUAAUGUGGAAUCUUCGGUUUUCGAUAUAUACCAUAUGCCUCAAGCUCAACAUAAACCAUGUUAUCGUAGUUUGAUUGUCGAACAUUAUAGUCUUGUAUUAGUUUCCUUGUUUUAUUCCCAAAGAUAACAAGCUGGUUAUUUUGUUGCAUACUUAGACAUUUAAACCACGAGCCAUGAUUUAAAAGACCCAAAGUAUCUAGUUGAAUCCAGUUUGCACGAUCUAACGAAUACACCCACAAGACGAACGCCUGGCGAGAACUGGUAAGAUAAAUUCCAGAAAGUACCAAAUUCUCUCCGACCAUGUAAACACGUGGAAAGCGAAGUCCUGGAGGCAUGGAGGAACCUACAAAUUUUUCACUUAUGUCUUGUUCCUCAAAGUAAAAGCAGGAGUUAGAUCCUUCACGUUUAUCUGUUCCUCCUCCGUUUCCUUUGGUAUUAGAUACUUUGUACAGCUUUAAUAGAAUAAGUUCGCG